CCGCUGUCGAGCUUGGUGACUCGGUGCCCGCUGUCGUGCCAGGUGACUCGGUGCCCGCUGUUGUGCCAGGUGACUCGGUGCCCGCUGUCGUGCCAGGUGACUCGGUGCCCACUGUCGAGCUUGGUGACUCAGUGCCCGCUGUUGUGCCAGAUGACUCGGUGCCCGCUGUCGUGCCAAACGACUUGGUGCCCGCUGUCAAGCUUGGUGACUCGGUGCUCGCUGUUCUGCCAGAUGACUCAGUGCCCGCUGUCCUGCCAGGUGACUCGGUGCCCGCUGUCCUGCCAGGUGACCCAGUGCCCUCUGUUCCGCCAGAUGACUCGGUGCCCGCUGCUCCGCCCGAUGGCCGGUGCCCGCUGCUCCGCCCGAUGGCUGAUACCCGCUGCUCCGCCUGAU